AUCUUGCUAUAAAUGUCAUUUUGUACUAACACGCGUAUCCACAAUAAACAAGUUUUUUUUUCAAAUGGAAGAAAAGCAGAAAACCAAACUUCCACGAGUUGUAAGAUAUCGUCGAUGGCACUGUUCAGUGUGUGACAUAUUUACUAAUUCCUACAACCAAUACAAUCAACACAUUGAGGGAGUUGGACAUCGGCACAAAAUAAUGAGCAAGAGUUGCAAAAACGACAUCAUCCAGGAAGAGCAUGAAUGUGACACUGGAUUUUACGUUCUAGCAUUUAUUCAAGUGAUCGUAAUUUCCUUUAUAUUAUUUUAUGUCCUAAUCAGGUUCUGUAAUUAAAAUUAUAUUUAUAUAAUUUACAUAUUAAGUAAUUAUCAUUAAGGAUGCCUUAAAUUUCGCGCCACAAUUUUAAUUGGCGGAGAAGUCGUCCCCAAGCGUUCACGGCUUCUAUGCGCACGAACGAACGCGCAGAACAAUGAGGUAGCAGCCAUUUUAUGUCGGUGCCCAAGAAAAACAUAAUUCGAAUGGCCAAUCUUAUCGAAAUUGUGUAAUUAGUGCUCUAAUUUAUGUGUUUCUGCACACUCCACUAUUUUUAGGUGUUUCUUUACUUAUGUGGUGGUUGAGGAUGGAGCGGCCGGCAAGUCGCCAUUAGUUUCCCGGCACACUGGGGCGUGGGCGUCGGGGGCGUGGCGCGGGGCGUGGGCGUCCCCGUGCCGCCCCCCGGCGACCUACUCGCCACUAUAUCCAUGUUCGAGCAGCAGAUCAAGGCAGAGCCCAUGAGCUUUUACACACACCCCCACGUCAACACCGGCCCCCCGACUAUAGUACGCUCGGACUCCGCGCACGGCAUCAUCAUGAACCAACACCACCAGGAGGACUCGAAGGACAGCCUGUCGGUGCAGCAGCAGGUGCAGCACCAGCAGGACCUGAUGGAGCAGCACCAGCAGCAGGAGCUGCAGCACGACGAUGAAGUAGACAACCUAAGCUUCAAAGGUAUGGAAGAUGAAGGAGUUGAAAUGGAUAUGGACGGCCGGCAAUGUUCUCAGGGCAUGGGGGUGGACAUGGGAUCAGUUCAAACAAAGAUGGAAGUCUCAAACGGUCAAGGAAUACCAAGGUCUAAGCCGCAAGCCUGUAAGGUUUGUGGCAAAGUCUUGUCGUCUGCUUCAUCGUACUACGUCCACAUGAAGCUCCAUUCAGGAAAUAAACCCUUCCAGUGCACGGUUUGCGACGCAGCGUUCUGCCGCAAGCCGUACCUCGAGGUGCACAUGCGCACGCACACCGGCGAGCGGCCGUUCCAGUGCGACCUGUGCCUCAAACGCUUCACGCAGAAAUCCAGCCUCAACACGCACAAACGCGUCCACACCGAUGAGCACAUGCGCGCUUUGAUGGUGAAGGAGCGGCCCUACAAGUGCGAGCUCUGUCAGAUGCGCUUCACGCAGAGCUCCAGCCUCAACAGACACAAGAAAAUACAUACGGAGGAGCACAGACGAGCCCUGUUAGAGAAAGUGCGGCCGUACCAGUGCCACAUCUGUUUUAUGCGCUUCACUCAGAAGUCCAGCCUGGGCCGACACGGAAAGAUACACACCGAGGAGCACAUCCAAUCGCUGAUCAACAAAGUGCGCCCCUAUCAAUGUGACAUCUGUGACAAGCGGUUCACGCAGAAGUCCAGCCUUGGCACUCAUAAACGUAUACACACCGGCGAGCGGCCCUUCCAGUGCACCGUCUGCCUCAAGUCCUUCACGCAGAAGUGCGCGCUCAAUUUGCACGAAAAGAUACAUACGGUGCAAGGGCGCCCUUACACGUGCGGGCAAUGCCCCGCGGCGUUCGCCCGCCGCCCCUACCUGGACAUUCACAUGCGCACGCAUACAGGCGAGCGGCCCUAUCAGUGCGACGCGUGUCUCAAGCGCUUCACGCAGAAGUCCAGCCUCAAUAUCCAUAAACGGACGCACACAGUCCAGGGCAGACCGUUCCAGUGCCUGUCGUGUCCCGCCGCCUUCACCUGCAAGCAAUACCUGGAGAUACACACCCGCACGCACACCGGCGAGCGGCCCUAUCAGUGCGACAUCUGCCUCAAGCGCUUCACGCAGAAGUCGAGUCUCAACAUUCACAAGCGGACGCACUCAGUGCAGGGCCGGCCCUUCCAGUGCCUGCAGUGCCCGGCCGCCUUCACGUGCAAGCAGUACCUGGAGAUCCACAACCGCACGCACACGGGCGAGCGGCCCUACCAGUGCGACGUCUGCCUCAAGAGAUUCGCGCAAAAGUCCACUCUCAACAUACACAAACGAACGCACACAGUGCAAGGGCGGCCGUAUCAGUGCAUGGAGUGCCCGGCGGCGUUCACUUGCAAGCCGUACCUGGAAAUACACAUGCGCACGCACACAGGCGAGCGGCCCUUCGAGUGCGAUGUCUGUUACAAACGCUUCACGCAGAAGUCUACACUCAACAUUCACAAGCGAAUUCAUACCGGGGAACGUCCAUACGCAUGUGAUAUUUGCCAAAAGCGGUUCGCGGUGAAGAGCUACGUAACAGCACACAGAUGGUCGCACGUGGCAGACAAGCCGUUGAACUGCGAGCGGUGCUCGAUGACGUUCACGUCGAAGUCGCAGUUCGCGCUGCACAUCCGCACGCACUCCAGCGGCCCGUGCUACGAGUGCAGCGUCUGCGGGCGGACCUUCGUGCGCGACAGCUACCUCAUACGCCAUCACAACCGCGUGCACCGCGAGAACCACAGCAACAUGUCGGCGAACAGCAUCGGCACCAUCAGCAGCGCGGCCAACGCCAACUCCAACGGCAACUACGACUCGCCCGGCGUGUGCGACCUCAGCUUCGUGCCGAUGGUGAACCGCUACAUGACGUCGCAGGGCACGCAGGUGUCGAUGCAGGACACGCAGAGCAAGAUGUCCGCCAUGUCGCCGCAGUCCAUCGCCUCCAUGUCGUCCCCGCCGCCGCCACACACGCCUACGCCGCAGCCGCCGAUGUCAGCCAUGCGCCACGCUGAUUGAUCCGCACUACAACUUUUUAUAUCCGUCGAUUGAUCAGCGAGCAGCCCGAGUGCAAUAUAGAGAGUGAGGCAGCCUCCAUGGGCAGCUAGGUUGUCCACAGAAUGCGCCAAGUCGAGAGCCGGAGCUCUUUAAACGUCCAGCGUGGACUUAUACACAGAUCAGAUUUUAUUUUAUAUUAUUUAUUUAUCCGUUUGGUUUCGUCGGCCGUGACGCGGGCGCAGGAGCGGAGUGGAGGAAGGUGGAGCGCAGUGGAGGGGGAUGGAGCGGAUGGCAGCAACCCUCGAGCAGCACACGACACCGAGUCGAGGACGCAGCCGGUAGUCACGUAGCGGUACCGCCUACGGUUGCAUUGUGAUUUUUUAUCCACAACUGUGAUUUAUCUCUACCAUCACACGAUUAUAUUAAUUCGUGGUGGCAUAUAUAAAUCGAUACUUAACUCUCAUCGUAUAGAUUGUAGGCCUAAAUUUUUGAUCUCAUAUUCUAAUUUGCUUAGUGAUAAACUUUCGGUAUCGUGAAUGGUAAAUCACCGACCUUGAAAUUCUAAAUUUUGAACGUUCAAUCGCUUGUCGUCCCCGUCUUCAUUAGUCGUAGAAUGUAACGAUAUCUUAUUGCGAUGCUUUAACUUAGAUCGUCUCAGAGUAGAUGGAGUUCGAUAAUUUUAUAGAACUGUUACCGAUAUAACGUGAAGUAUUUUGAACGGUGAGAAAUUUAAGGGACUCUAGUAUGAUACUUCUACCGAUCCGUAGGAACGCUUUAAUGAUGUGGUUGGUUCAGGUUUCAUAAUAAUAAAGUACAAGUACAAAAUAAAAUGUCGCGGAGUCCUCGGAGGCAAUAAUAAAGCUUCACAGAAUAAAUUUAAUAUGAUGUUUAUUGGAGUAAUCCAGAGAAGUGCCUGUUGCAACAUAAAUUUGGCAAUAUUUUUUAAUCGUAUUUCGUUCAUAAUGAAAUUACGUUCGGUGUUCUUAAUGUGUGUUCGCCGCUCGUGGCCCGAGACGCGGUCGCGCGGGCGCGGCUCGACUGUUCGGGACGGCUCGAGCAUGUGCGAGACGGCUCGAGCAUGUGCGAGACGGCUCGAGCAUAAUCGGGUGCGGCUCGAACAUAAUCGGCGCUGUUCAAAGAUGUUCGGGGCGGCUCGAACAUAAUCGGAGCUACUUGAGCAUGCUUGGGAUGGCUCGAGCAUAGUCGGGAUGUUCGUGUAUGUUUGGGACGGCUCCAGCAUAAUCAGGCUGUUCGAGUAUGUUCGGGGCGGCUCGAGCGUGUUUGGAGUAGCUCGAGCAUGUUCGGGCGCGGCUCGAGCCAGUUCGGGCGCGGCAUCUCCAGCGUGCAGUUGUGAAGCUUCUGGAACUUGUGCCUUCUAGCAGAUAGCGAUGUUAGGCAAUAUCGAUCAUAACACCAUUGAUAACGCUUGGUUUUGUUCACUCGUCUCGUCAUUUGCCUAGUUACGUUACGUUUCACAUAGUUCGUGUUGUGUUCGACUUAGGAUACUUUCCAAAUUUGUUAAACUGUACUGUAUUUUUGGCUGUUUAAGACUUGAUUACCAUUGCUGUUUAAUUGGAGUAAUAGUAAUAACGUGUAGAGUAUAGCGCAGUAGUCUUCCAAACCUUGAGACAACGUUUAGCACGCGCAGUGCGAGCACCGUGUCAGCUGCGGGGGUUCCUUAGGUUUGCCAUUAUUGAUAUCAAAGAUAGAUUGGUGCCAUUUCUAUGUAAAUGAUGUGGUAGAGUAAGUUAAGUUAAGUUUGCAGGUCAGGGUAGAUGGAAAUAAAAUAUUGUAGAGAGCUCGACUUCUCGUAGUGUUAUGUACCGACUUCUGAGCCACUGUUUUGUUUAACUUCUGAGUAUAUUGUAUUGUUUUCUGUUCACAUUGUUUUAUAUACAUUAUUUUAUUUCCACGAUGUGGUGUGUGUCCAUUGAGCUGAGGGUCGAAAUUGUAAAUAUUGGUAGGGUUUAUUUAUUCGAAUGAUAUGGAAAUAAUACGAUUCAAAAUAUAAGUAAGAGCGUAUGAUCUGUAGAACUGUUUUUCUUCUACAAUCAUAGAGUAUAUCGAACUGAUGAAAUAAAAAAUGGAAUUAAUCAUAGAGUAUUUAGCACAGAAGUAUACUUUUGGGUAUUAAAAUCAAAAUUUCCUUGUAGAUAUACAUACCUAAUGAUAAUAAUAAAUAUACAUAUGGAUGUUGUUUGAUAGUCCUCAAUAUUUUUUUAUAUUUUGAUAGUUCUGUAUUUGAAACACGAGAAAAUAGGCCAAUAUCUCAUUUAUCAUUUACAUAUGAAAUGAAAUAUGUAUGUACACGAUACUUUAAGAUAAAGUAACAUGACGGAUGCAUUUAGUUCCCCAGAAAAUGAAAGUAUAAAAUUAGUGGUAGCGUCAAAAUAUAUUUUUCAUGUUUAUAAAAAAUCUUUCUUUAUUAAGUUUCUUACCAAGCCAUUGAGAACAGUAUUAUUUAGAGAAACUAGAACUUUGGUUUAAAACGUAGUAUAAAUCUUCAAUUACCAGAAACAAAACAGCCACUGAGAAAAACGUUAUUUACCAAUAGUUUGUAGCAACAUUGUCAAGUACCAUGCGAUCGGUGUUUAUCAAUGUUGGUACCGUUGUAUUAUCAUAGAUAUUAUGAUGGGAAUAGAAACACCAACAUAGUAAACUAGGUACAUAAUAAAAGUAUAUAAAUGUUUAUCGGUCACUCGGGCUCGGCGAGAGUGGAAAUUAUGGAAUAAGUAAUAUAUUUUUGUUGUUAUCUGUUCUGUCUUUAUCGAUUGUUUUCUUUAUCAUAUUAUUGCAUCUAUCUCUGUCCCGUUCUCACCGAGUCAAGAGACCAAGAAAAGAAGUAGUGGCCCUGGUAUGUUACGAAAGGUGCUCCCCGUUUACAACCCAUAUUUACGCAUCGAGUAGGGCAAGGCGCACCGUUCGUAUCGGAUCACGGCCACGAGCAAACAGUUAAGACGCAUAAAUUAGUGCAGGAACCAUAUUUAAUAAAUAGUUUUUAAGGCGAGUCCUUAGUGGUUCAUGAAUUUGUGUGUCUUCUCUGCCCCAACUAUUUUACAUACCGAUGUUAGUUACUAUAUAUUUAGAGGGUAAUAAUAUUAAAGUAUGUAUUUGAUUACGUAACCGUCGGAGCGUUAUGUUCUGUUUUCUUUUCUCUAGUUUUGUUUUGACCGUAGAAAAGACUGAACCCAAUGAAAUGAUUCACAACUUGUAAGUAUACUCACAAAGAUUGGCAAACGUUAGGUCGUGUUUAUUUAUGUUAAAAUGUUCAGAGCGGUUGUGGUGUCGGACCAACCAGUUCACCUGACUCAUAACUUCGGUUAAAGAAAUCGUACAUAUCCUUAUCCCGAGUGUAAUGUAUAUUGCGUCGGAAGGCGGCUAGCUAGUCCGGGCCGAGGCGCGCGGGUGGCGCAGUAAUCAUACGUCUAAGCUACAUACAUAUUUAGUUCUAUCUUAUCGUUAGAUUUACGCAUACUUCCGCUUUGCCAACAUAUUGCGUUGCUUACAUCAUAAUCAUACGAGAGUACAGCCUAAGGAUUUUAACUUUUUUUUAUAUACUGAGAGCUAUUUCUAAGUCGCUGAUUUUUACAAUUUGUAGCUAUACACAUAUUAUUAUAACGUUACUAACAAAUUAUGGCUCUGAGCCAGUCUCGACGUGUUUUGGAGUAUUUUACAUACUUUUAAUUCCUAUUUAAUUAAAAGUCGACGAGCAAAAAUCAUGGCAUGAUUCUUUUGAACCGCGGUCAUUUAGUUAUAGCUCUACAGAGUUUAUUAUUGACCAAUAUUUUUAAAUACAACUGUUUUUCUUUUAUUGUUAAAAUUUUUAGGCUAGUUUAUAUUUUAUCGAAUAAGUUAGAUUUGUUAACUGUGGUGUAUUACAUUGCACGUGAAUAUAAUGUCGCCUUUACAGCCUGCUUUACGUCGGAGAGUUUCCUUUAGUGUGAAUAGAUUGUGAUAAAUUAUUAUUAUUACUAUUAGUUUUAUGUUACGCGGCUGACAACACUUACGCACCAGCUAGUGAUAGAUUAAGCGAUGAUCUAAUCAGAUAAGUGACAUUGCAUCAGUCCUGUAUUACGUUACAUUAUUAUCCUAACGCAUGUAUACGUUUAUUUCGGUUGAUUGAAAAUGGUUAUAUUUGUAUAAUUUGUUGAGACUGACCACAACGCUACAAGUAGGUAUAAACCGCUCUAGGUGUCAUCAUCACCUUAAACUGAAUCUUUCUAUGAUAUUCUUCGAUACUGUUUAUCGGUGAUUCCUACUCGAGUAUGCGACUUGUAACUUAGUAAAGAGGCUGUAAGGGAAUUAUGUAGUCAGCAUUAUGUAUAUGCUUUAAUGUGAUUUUUUAAAUGUACUCUUUAUUAUAAUAGUAUCAUCUAUCAAUAUACCUAAUUAGCGAACUAACAAAGCGAUUUUUAAAUUUUUUAUGUUCAUAGUGAUUUAUAUUGAGAUCAAAAUAAAUACAGAGUUUAUUUAAUUUUAUGGAAAGUAUACAUUGUAAAAUUAUUAGUGCCCUUUUUGGAAGGGCUCUAUUAAAAAGAAAAUUAUAUGAAUGCAAAAUAACAAGUCACGAUUCUUUUAGAGGUCGCCAUGUAGUGGAGAAAAAUAAACGUGCCAUGAUAUUUGUGGCUUAA